CUCCGAUGCAUCAGUAACAUUUAAUCUUUCCGUCCGUCCGUCCGUGUUGAGUGUGUGGAGACGCCCCAAACAGAAGCAUGAAGCUUCUGUCGUACAUUUUCACGCUCGAGCUGCUGUGGUGCGUUCUGGGCCCUGGCAUCGGGAUAGGAGUCUACUUUCUGACCUACUGGAACUGGAACACGCUGCCCAGUGGGGUUAAUCUGGCGGACGAGAACACAACCACCGAUGGACGUUUCGUGGCGGAACGGGCCCUGUACGAUCUGGGCGCCCUAACGAGCCGUGGGCCACGUGUGGCGGGCAGUGAAACCAACGAACGAUUUGCGGUCGAUUGGCUGUACGGAGCGAUCGAAACCGUUGCCCGUCAAGCACUUCCGGAGUAUGAAGUUACGUACGAGGUGCAGCGGGUCAGUGGCAGUUACUUCCUCGACUAUGACGACUAUCCCAUCACCAGCUACUACCGCAACGUGCAGAACCUGGUAGUGUCGAUCAAGCGGCGGGAUUCGUUCAGCGGCAAGUAUCUGCUGCUGAAUGCGCACUUCGACAGUGCCGUGACUAGUCCGGGCGCCGGUGACGACGGUACGAUGGUGGUCGUCAUGCUGGAACUGAUGCGCCAGCUGACACAGCACGCGCGAUCGCCCCUGCAGCAUGGCCUACUGUUUCUGUUCAACGGUUGCGAGGAGAACACCAUGCAGGGUGCGCAUGGGUUCGUGCGGGCCCAUCCGCUAGCCCAGUCGGUGGCCGCAUUCAUUAAUCUGGAUGUGGCCGCUAAUGCUGGUCGGGAGAUUAUGUUCCAAUCCGGACCGAACUACCCCUUCCUGAUGGCGUACUAUCGCGACUACGUACAACGACCCUACGCAAACACGCUCGGGGAGGAAGUGUUCCAGAUGGGGCUAGUGCCGUCCUUUACCGAUUACGAAACGCUCUCGAAACAGGGCGGCUGGCCCGGAUUGGACUUUGCGUUGUCGUCGUACGGAUACCUCUAUCAUACGGCGCUGGACGCACGGGAAACCAUAUCCGCCGGUACGCUGCAGCACAUCGGAGACAAUCUGCUCGGGCUUGUACGGGCGCUCGGCAGUGCCGACGAGCUCGGCAACAUCCAGGAGCAUCGCGAAGGAACGGCCGUGUUUUUCGACUUUAUGCAUCUGUUCCUUGUGUACUACACCGAAACGACGGCAAUGAUUGUGAACAUCGUGCUGGGCGUACUCUCGCUGGCACUGAUCGUCGGUACGCUGUUCAUGAUCAUGCGCAAGGAUGGUGCCGUCGGUAGUAACAUCCUGUUCGAAGCCGGCAUGACACUAAUCGUACAGACGCUCUCGAUCGUGCUCGGCGCUGGACUGUCCGUGCUGGUGGCCGUCAUUUUCGAUGCCUGCGGCCGUUCGAUGAGCUGGUUCUCGUCGACCUGGCUGCUGUUCGGGCUGUACUUUGUGCCGUGCAUCGGUGGUCUCACGCUGGGACCAUUUUUGUACGUUCAUUUUCGUAAAAUCCCGUUCCUGCACGAUCAAGGCCGGGUAAUACUGUUCCUGCACGCGCAGCACUGCAUCUACGCCGUCCUACUGAUAACGCUCUCGAUCGGUGGCAUUCGAUCCGCGUUUGUGCUGCUCUUUCCGAUCAUUUUUUACUGCUCCACCACGAUCGUUAACAUGAUCAUACAGUUUCGGCUACGAGUGUGGAUCUACGUGCAUCUGGUCGGUCAGCUGGUGCCGGUGAUUUACUUUUGCUCCCUAGCAGUUACACUGUUUGCCGUGUUCGUCCCAAUGACCGGUCGCAGUGACAAUCGCUCCAAUCCGGACCUGCAAAUGGCGCUGUUUGCCUCUCUUGUGACACUGCUGCUGGUCGGUUUGCUGACGCCGUUUAUAGUGCUGUUCCGUCGGAAGGUGUACGUGUUUUGUACCAUACUGUUACUGUUUCUAGUGACGGCGAUUGUGGCGGCCACUCCAGAAGGUUUCCCAUUCCGGGAGCGUACCUCGCCGCAAAGAUAUUACAUAUUUCAUCAUCAGCGAAACUUUUACUGGCCAAACGGAACACUGCGUGAUUCGGGUGCAAUCUACUACCUUCAUCCACAGGAUCGUCACACUCCGGAACUGUUACAAUCGGAGGUUCCCGAAUGGUCGGCGGCUCAGCUGCUCGGGGACGAAUGCGAAAAGGAACUCUACUGCGGUAUACCCUUCUACAUCAAUCGAUAUCACCGGCAGAGCGGCUCAAGCUACUGGCUGCCGGCAAUGGAACCACCGAUCUUCCCCGAACGGGUCAGUUUCGAAUUCGUUUCUCGUGAGGUACCCGCCCCAGGAAGGGUGCGUAUGUACUUUCGGGUACAAGGGCCAAGCCACAUGAGCUUGUACGUGUCACCGCUGGCCGGUCGGUCGCUUGUCGGGUGGAGUUUCAGUGAACGCAUCCCACCCAGCGGAAAGCGCUGGAAUGGACAGGAUGUGUACUUUGUGAACUUUUUCUCCGGAUCGAUGGAGUUAACUCCGUUCACAUUCUACAUUGAGAUUGAGCACGCAGCAGCAGGUACGGCGCAAUCGAGUGAUUCCCAUUUCUAUCUCUCGGUGGUCGCCCAGUACAUGCAUCACGACAGCGUGUACCGUGCGCGAGAGUUCCAAACACUGCUGGAUAAGAUGCCCAAGUAUGCGCACACCGUCGCCUAUCCAGGGUAUUUGGAAAGUUGGAUAUUCUAGGAAAUAAAACACAACAACCUAUUACA